AUGUUGGUUCCCGUGCCUUGGAGACCUGUCAAUAUCAGGAAAGAACUCACGGUGGGAAUCAUGUUUGAUGAUGGUUCAGCUGCGGACAAAUUGAAACAGGCAGGCGUGAAAGUGGUAGAUUGGGAACCCUUUGACCACCAGCGCGGCUGGGAAAUAGUGAGUCAGUCCGCCCUGUACUUUCCUCAAGGGUCCAAGCCGUACCUCGACACAUUUGCUGAAAGUGGCGAGCCGGUCCUCCCACUUACCGAGCAUGCUUUUAGGUUCUCAAAAGACGAGCCUCUUACAGUCGCAGAGAACUGGGACCUCAAUUACCGGAGAGAGGCAUAUCGGCGAGAUUAUCAUGCUCUAAUGAGAUACAAAGGCGUGGAUGUCAUACUGUGUCCUGCAUACGUUGGUGCGGGUGUGUUGCAAGGCGGCGCCGAGUACUGGAAUUACACGGCCAUUUGGAACGUGCUCGACCAACCAGCAGCCAUCUUGCCGAGCGGACUAAAAGUUGACAAAUCCAUUGACGAGCCCGAAGAAGACUACACACCUCGGAAUGAAUAUGAUGCUAAAGAAUGGAAGGCCUAUGACGCCGACCUUUUCCACGACAUGCCUAUUUGUUUACAGCUUGUCGGAAAGCACUUCCAAGAUGAAGAAGUGUUACAGGCAACUAAGCUGGUUGACCGCAUCUUGAAGGAAUAG